AUGUCGGCCCAGGAGCUCGCGGCCUGCCUCUGCCAGGAGGGUGACCAGCACCUGGCCCUGGGGGAGACCCAGCUGGCCACCGCCUUCUACCUGGCUGCCUUCAGCUGCCACACCCCCUCGGCCCUGCGGAGUGUCCGAGCUGCCCUGGCCGAGGCUCGGGGGUCACCUGUAGUGGCCACCCUGGAGGCCUGGUGCCGAGGUGACAGCCAGAUCCCAGCCAUCCACUGGGACGGCAUGGCAGUGGUCUCUCUGACGGGGACCCUGGCCUGCGCCUUCCUGGCCACCCUCUGCCCCGACCACCCUGCUGCAGCCCUGCACUCACUGGCUGGCCUGCUGGCACGUGGGCAGCACGGGGAGGUGGUGCGGCGCUGCGGGACCCUGCUGGACGCUCACUCCCAGCAAAGCCUGGAGCUGCGGCUGACCCGCGCCCUGGCCUGGGUCCUGUCCGGGACACAGGGGGACGCCGGGGUGGCCGACUACCUCCAGGCCUUCGUGGCGACCACCGACCGGACCGUGGCCUUCGUUCACACGCACCAGCAGCCCUACCUCCCCGUGCUGGUCAGCACCCUCCAGGACUACAUCUCGAGGUGCCAGGAGGCCGGGGACGGCGCCAGCCAGCAGGAGACCGACUGCCGGGGACUCCUGGCAGCCCUGGACCCCGGGGACACCUGGAGCAAUGCCCCGUCACCCGAAGACCUGCUUCACCGUGGCAGGUAUGAAGACUGCCGGGUGGCCUGCAGCCGGGCCCUGGAGGCCACCUCAGCGGGCAGCAGACCCCAAGGUGAGCGUCUGGCCACUCUGCUGGUCACCCGCGCUGCUGCGACCUUCUUCCUGGACAGCGGGGCCCAGGACCUGCUUCGGGACCUGCACGAGGCCUUCCGUGAGAGCCCCUCAGGGGCACGGAGGCAGUUCGAGGCGGUUCUCUCCGCCGGGGACCGGGAGCGCUUGCGGGCCCUGGUGCAGGAGGUCGCGGACGUAGGCUUCGCCCACUUCCAGGAGACCGUGCGGAGCCGCCCCGAGCUCCGCGAGGACUCGGGCCGCGAGCUGCUGGCCCCGGUGACCCGCGCGCUCCGGGUCCUGCGGCGCGUGGCACCGCCGGGGGCGCGCCCAGCACUGGGCGCCCGGCUGGCCGAGUGCCUGCUGCUGGCCGGGGACGCGGCGGGCGCCCGGGCGCUGUGCGAGCGCUUGCUGCGGCCCUCGCGCACCGGGGACUCUGCGGGGGACCGCGCGGGAGACGGUGCCGGGGACCGCGCGGCCCUGCGGGCGCUGCACGGCUUCUGCGCGCUGCACGCCGGCGACGCGGGGCGCGCGCAGGAGGACUUCCAGGCGGUGGUGGAGCUGGGGCCGCCGCACCCAGGGGGCUGCGUGCGAGCCCUGUGCGGCCGCGGCCUGCUGCGUGUGCUGGCGGGCAGCGCCUUCCUGGGCGCGCUGGACUAUGUCACCGCCUGCCGCCUGCGGCCGGAGGAAGUUCUCCUCGUCACCAAGGCCUACGUGCCCUGGAACCAGCGGGGACUGCUGCGGACCGUGCUGCGGGAGGAGGGCCGCAGGAUGCUGCAGCGGAGGCCGGAGCCGAGGUCCAAGAGCGGGCCGGGCCGCCGGAGUCAGGCCGCGGAGACGGAGAGCCGCGCUGCGCAGGAAGGGGAUGCCCACGGUGUGUACCAGCUGGCCACGCUCCUGAUGGAGCUGGACACGGAGGAUGAGGCUUCGCGCCUUCUGGCGGCCGAUGCCCUGUACCGCCUGGGCCGCCUGGACGACACCCACAAGGCCCUGCUGGUGGCCCUCUCCCAGAGGCCUCAGGCGGCCCCUGUGCUGGUGCGGCUGGCCCUGCUGCAGCUCCGGAGGGGCUUCUCCUACGACGCCAACCAGCUGGUGAAGAAGGUGGUCCAGUCCGGGGACACAGCCUGCCUCCAGCCCACCCUGGAUGUCUUCCGCCACGAGGACAGGCAGCUGCUGCAGGGCCACUGCCACGCGAGGGCCCUGGCCAUCCUGCAGGCACGACCGGGUGGGGCCGAGGGCGGGGCCCACACCAGGGAGGCCAUCGCGUACCUCUCUCUGGCCAUCUUUGCCGCAGGGGGUCGGGCAAGUGAGUCCCUGCUCACCCGCGCCCGCUGUUACGGGUUCCUGGGCCAGAAGAAGACGGCCAUGUUCGACUUCACCUCUGUGCUCAGGGCUGAGCCGGGGAACGUGCAGGCGCUGUGCGGACGGGCACUCCUGCACCUGGCCCUGGACCAGCAGCAGGAGGCUGUGGACGACAUCCUCUCGGCUCUGAAGCUCAGCCCCAAAACGGCAGUCCCUGAGAUCCGCUCUCUGAAGCCAGAGGCCCAGGCCCUCCUCACGCAGGGCCUCUCCUCCCACUGCCGGGCCCUCCUGAGCCAGCUGCCAGACACGGGGGCCCGCCUGAGCCACGAGGACGCCCAGAGCCUCCUGGCUGCGGGGGAAGCGCUGAUCAGAAUCGACGCCGGGCAGCCCAGCUGGCACAUCCUGCUGGCGGACGUGCUGGCUGCAGCGGGCAGCUUUGAGGAGGCCGGCGCCCGCCUGCAAAAGGUCCUGCACCCCACCCCUCCAUCCGAGGCGGCCCGGGCCCGACGCGGCCUGCUCUGGCUCAAGAAGGGGUGUGUGCUGGCCGCUGCACGGGACCUGCAGUGCCUGGCGGAAACGGACACCCAGGACCUCGGCUUCCUGCUGCGUCUCCUGGAGGCCUCAGAGCGGCAGAACCUCAGCCAGGCUGCAGCCCGUGAAGCUGACGCCCUCCUGAACUCGGGGCAGCCCAGCCAGGCGCUGGGCUACUGCUCGCUGGCCGUCCUGGCAGGUGGCGGUAGCGCCUGUCACCUGCGCCGGCGGGCCACCUGCCUGGCCGAGCUGCAGGAGUUUGGCCGGGCACUCAGGGACCUGGACCACGUGCUCCAAGAGGGUUCGGGGGACAGUGACCUCCAGACGCGGGCGGAGGACUUCUGCUUCCAGGGCCGCCUGCUGCUGAGCCUGAGGGACGAGGCCGGGGCUGCUGGGGCCUUCGCCCGGGCCCUCACGCUGGCACCCACCCGAGCCCAGAGCAGUCUGCGGGAGCGGCCAGGCCGGACCCUCGCGGCCCACGCACUCCUGUGCCGCGCACAGCACUGCCUGGACGAGCAGUGCUACACAGAGGCCUGGACGGCGGCUGAGGGCGGCCUCCUGGUGGACCCGGAGCACGGUGGCCUGAAGAGGCUGAAGGCGAGGAUCCGGAGGGAGGCCUCCUCCAGCUGCCGGCUCCACUGACCAGCACCCCAGGCCCAGCCGCGGGGCCACCCUGUCAUGGUCCUGGCUCAGCCAGACCCUGGGGUGCACCCCUCCCUCCCCCUCCUCCCAGUCUUGGGGUGGGUUGGCGUCGGACAACCGGCCUCAGGAAGCAGAGGGGAGAGCUCCCUGCUUGCCUGCAGUGACCCUCCCAGGAGGCUCAGAGCCCCUUCCCUCAACACCAACCCGGUCCCCAAAGCUGGGGCCUUCUCGGCCCACACGUGGGGCUCCGGCCUCAGAGAGCCGCCCCCGUCCUGUCCCUGGCUGGGGACCUGCAGGUUGCAUGGGGUUCAGGCCGGUCCCUCGUGGCCCUGGGGAGAUGCUGCCAGCCCCAGAAGCCCUCCUCCAGGCGUGAAGCGGCCCUCAACCCUGGCCUGACCUUCGGGCCAGCCUCCUGCAGGGCCCGGGCCCCCUCAAGGACAAAAGUCCCAGGCUGGGCCCCAAACCCAUACUUUCACGGAGGUUGUUCUCCAGGGAACCCUGUGCCUUGGGAGGGUGCUGUGGCCUCGCUCCCCCACCAAGCAGAGACACCCCCCGAGGGACCCGCGAUGAGCAGAACAGCCAGGCGUCUACUUGUCAGGUCCUGGCAGAGCUGCCUGUUGGAAAGGUGCUUCCCACGAGGAUUAAAUCUACCCAGCCCCACCACAGCUGGCUUAGAAAACCUCUCCUGGAGGGAGUGGAGAAGCCCACCCUUGUCCCGUUGAGGUGGGUUUCAAAGAAGGCAGGUCCAAUACGCAGUUCUUCUCUCUGGUUCACGAACGCAGCUGCUGGACAGGUCAUGGGGUAGAGUGGGGGCAGGGUGCAUUCGCUCGCGCUGUCCUCCCCCCAGACGUCCUGCCCCCGUCUGUCCACUCAAGGCCAGAGCACAUCAGGCCGAGCGUGCGGGGCCCCACUCGCCGCAGCUUUCCAGGAGCUGAUGCUGUUUGCAGAACCCCCGACCUGCCUGCCACCCCGGCCCCUCACUGCUGAGCUGGAAGCUGUGGAGCCAGGCCUGGACGUGUCCUGACCGAGGGGCAGCCCUCUCCCUGCGGCCUGGCCGCCCGGCCUCACCUCAGGCUGACACUGCUGGGCACCAGGACUGCUCACGGGGGGGCCUCAGCCCGCGGCUUCCUCUCCCGCCCCCCACCUUUGGGCCAAAGCUGGGAAGGUGGAGCUGAAAGCUGUCAACUCCCCGCCCCCCGAGCACACCUCCCAGAAGGUCGUCACGUGUAUUACUGCUGUCUUUUUCUUCCUGGAGACUGAAGUACUCUCUUCCCGUUCUGAAAGCUGAGGCUGGGAAGUCCAAAGAUUUGCACGUGGUCACCGUCAGGUUAGCUGGGGUGUCUGAUGACCACUCCCGAGCUCCCGGCUCUCUGGGCGGCUUCAGCAGAAGACAGGCCCGGGGCACCUGCAGAGAGGCGCUCAUCCUCCCAGCUCCCCGGGCGAAGUCUGCCCUGCCCCAGUCCUCCUGCCCACCUCCGCCUGGGCGGGAGGCCGUUCUCACAUCUGCAGGCACACGUGAGGCCAUUUUCCCAGCCCCCUCCCCGCCGUACACUCAAGUGGACAAGGACUCGUGGGCGCACGACAGCCUCCGUAGUAGCGUGGCCAGAUGGAGCCGAUGUAAAUCAGACUCUCCCCGAGAACGGAGGCUGCCCCUUGUUUUCUCAAGAUCACAUUUCAGGUUACCAAGAAGAUGUUUACGAUGUGGCAUAGAGAGCAUUACCUACUCUCAGAACAAUAAAGCUAUAAAUUAAUUUUUAAAAAUUCCCUGCGGGUGAAACAGCUCUGGAUCCAAGAGGAACUCAAGUCUGGAACUGCAGAAUAUAGGGGAAAAAAAUAGUAAAAAAAAAAAAAAACCAGUCCAGGGAAACCCCAUGGGAUACAGUGUCCAGAGGGAAGUUCAUGCCCUGAGUAUAUUACUAACCAAUGAAAGGGAAGCACAUCCUCAACUUGGGAAGUUAAGAAAAGACAGCAAAAUAGAGAAAAUCAGCAGGUGGGAAUUAAUAACAAUAAGGACAGAAAUUAAUGAAUUCGGAAUAGGAAAAAGGGAAGAAUUCAAAUCCAAAAUACAGUUCUUCAAAAAUCCAAUAGAUGAACCAGUAGCUAACUUAAUCUAGAAAGAUGGGAAAAGCACAAAGACACAAAAUUUUUUAAGGUGACAAGGGCAAAAUAACAGGAAAUUUAAAGAAUCAUAAGGCGUUACGUUUCUCAACUCUGCAAAUAAAUUUGAAGGCCUGGAUGAAAGGUGUAGGUUCCUAGGAAAACAGUAUUUAACUAAAUUGACUCACGGGUAGACGUAAAAGUCACACAGGACAGUUCGGUGGAGGGAAAGAAGGUUGUUAGGGAGCUUCCCGCAGAGCAUCUCCCGUUCCAGAUGGCGUCGGGAGGGUCUGCCAGCCUUUGAAGAACAGUCAGCGUGUAAUUGCGUUAAACUCCUUCAUAGCCAAGAAAAAGGAGAAAAGCUUCCAAGUUAUUUUUUUUCAGUUGAAGUAUCGUUGAUUUACAGUGUUGUGUGAGUUUCUGGUGUACAGCAAAGUGAUUCAGUUACACAUAUAUAUGUAUAUAUCUAUAUUCUUUUUCUGAUUUUUUUCCA